CCCCACCAGAAAACAAACAAUCCCCAAUUUCCUUCGUGUUCGGCAGCGGCGGCGAUGUCGGGGCGCGGCAAGGGCGGCAAGGGGCUGGGCAAGGGCGGCGCCAAGCGCCACCGCAAGGUGCUCCGCGACAACAUCCAGGGCAUCACCAAGCCGGCUAUCCGGCGGCUGGCCCGGAGGGGCGGCGUGAAGCGCAUCUCGGGGCUCAUCUACGAGGAGACCCGCGGCGUGCUCAAGAUCUUCCUCGAGAACGUCAUCCGCGACGCCGUCACCUACACCGAGCACGCCAGGCGCAAGACCGUCACCGCCAUGGACGUCGUCUACGCGCUCAAGCGCCAGGGGCGCACCCUCUACGGCUUCGGCGGCUAGGCCGCCGGCGCGCCUCCGUCGUGUGCUCGCGCUCCGUCUCGGCGCGGUUCCUGGAUUGGGGCCGUCUGUGGUUAGGGGUGAUGGUUCGUUGUCAAGGGAUUGGCUGUGUUGGCUUAGUUGCGGUGGUGGUAGUAGUAGUAGUAGUAUUGCUUUGCUCACAUUGUUGCCUUGCUCAAUGCAGUCUACUAUCUUUGUGCCGUGAAGAAAAGCGUACUGCCUAUCUUGUAUGAGGACGCAGCAAAGAAAUGAAAGUGCGAAAUGCCACCUGGAUGAAACUUAUCCUGAAGAAAGUAACUCGUUCGGUAAUCAGCAUGCCAUCUAGAUGAAUUUCGGAUGACCGUGUGAAAUGCCACCCGGUGAAUCAAAAUGUAGAGGAGCUUGUACUUUCGUGUGUUGGUGGUUGUGUUCUUUGUUUCAGGGUUCAUGUUCAGACUUCUGCCCGGUGCA